GAGACUGUGUGUGGGGACCCAGUGGUUGCCCACCAUCACCGGCCUGCUUGUGUCAGAAGGAAGCGUCGAGCGCAGUCAAGCAAAGCCGAACCAUUUUUAAUCCUUCUUCGUUUUCUCCUCCUCCGUCGUCACUACUGACGUACUCUCUCUCUCUCUCUCCUAUUUCUUUAUUCGGGAGAACGGACUGACGGGCGGAAGGAAGACGACGCCUGCACAGUUCUUGCGGGAUCAGUGGGUAACGAAGCGUUUCUCUUCCGGAUGAGCAAUGCGUUUCAAAUUGUCUUAAUUAACGCUUCUCGGAGGAAGUUUUUAUCCACUACGAAUAUGCAUAGACACAUCAUGCUGCCUGUGGAGGAGGUAGAUAUUUCUGCAGUUAGGUAUCGCCCUCAGCCAGUCAAAGCUCCUCGUCUUGCUGGAUUUAUGCUCAAGCUGUUUGUUUGGUUGCUUGAAACUCCCGUAAUUGGGCCUUUGAUCAUUUACACAGUGAAGCAGCAGAAUAGGUUCAAGCAGAUGUUGCAUGACACUGUUAUUCCAGAGAAACCCAUGUUCAAACCUGAAUUUCCUUCUCAAGAUCCAGAAACUGGUGUUGGUGUCCUAGAUCAGGAAGCAGUGCCUUCUGCUCGUGUUCAGUCAGUCUUGGAGUACCUGGUGCCUUAUGGCACAACUUGUCAAUCAACUAAUGGUGCACAAAACAUGCCUUUAUAUUGGACUAUCCGGGAUUAUGCACAUGCAUAUCGAUCUGGAUCUGUUACUCCAUCAAUUGUUGCAGAACGUGUCAUAUUGGUAAUAGAGGAAUGGAAUAAGAAGCAUCCUUCCAUGCCUUGGCUGGUUUCUUUUAGUGCUGAGGAAGUUAGGCGGCAGUCUGCAGCUUCUACACAACGUUUUGAGGAAGGAAAACCAUUGUCCAUCUUAGAUGGAAUUUUUAUGCCAAUCAAAGAUGAUAUUGAUUGUCUUCCUUAUCCAACCAAAGAUGGCACAACAUGGUUGCAUGAGGUACGAGCAGUCAACCAGGAUGCUGUUUCUGUGGCAAAGUUACGAGGUUGUGGUGUCAUUUUUAUAGGAAAAGCAAAUAUGCAUGAGUUAGGCCUUGGGACUAGUGGAAGCAAUCCAAACUAUGGGACACCUCGGAAUCCUCAUUCAAUAGAUAGAUAUACAGGUGGCUCUUCAUCAGGUCCAGCAGCAAUUGUAGCUUCUGGGCUUUGUCCAGCUGCAAUUGGAACUGACGGUGGAGGCUCAGUAAGGAUACCUUCUUCACUUUGUGGUAUUGUUGGCCUGAAAACUACAUAUGGGAGGACUGAUAUGACAGGUUCUGUGUGUGAUUGUGGAACAGUAGAGGUAAUUGGCCCAAUUGCUGCAACAGUUGAGGAUGUUUUAUUACUGUACUCUGCAAUCUUGGGUCCUUCCGCAGCUGAUAGGGACAGCUUGAAGCCUCCAGCCCCCUGUGUGCCUUCCCUCCUUCCAAAUGACAGAUCACAUGCAUUGAGGUCCCUGAGGUUAGGGAAAUACUCUGAGUGGUUCAAUGAUGUAUACUCAGAUGAUAUAUCCCGUACAUGUGAGAAUGUACUUAACCUGCUAUCAGAUACUUAUGGUUGCACAACAACAGAGAUUGUGCUACCAGAGCUGCAUGAGAUGCAGAUUUCUCAUUCUGUUUCUAUUGGUUCAGAACAAUUGUGUUCUUUAAAUCCUGAUUCUAGGAAGUUGUCUCAGCUAACCCUUGACAUUCGCAUCAAUGUGGCGCUUUUCCGGACAUUCUCUGCAACAGACUAUAUUGCUGCACAGCGCCUUAGGAGAAGGUUAAUGCACUACCAUAUGGAGGCCUUCAAAAGGGUUGAUGUCAUAGUGACUCCGACAACUGGUGUAACUGCACCUGUAAUACCAACAGAUGCCCUCAGAUCUGGAGAAUCGAACUUGAAGUUGACAGGUGAACUCAUGCGCUUUGUAGUUGCUGCAAACCUUCUUGGUCUUCCUGCCAUUUCUGUCCCAGUCGGUCAUGACAGGCAAGGGCUACCAAUAGGUUUGCAGUUGAUUGGACGUCCAUGGGAGGAAGCUACAAUUAUCCGGUUGGCUUCUGCGGUAGAGGAACUUUGUGCAAGUUCUAGGAACCGACCAUCCACUUUCUUCGAUGUUUUGCAUUAAACUUCCCCUGAUGAAUGAAUUGAUCAAGAGUGGCUCACCAUCAAGUGCCUUUCAUUUUAUUUUCCCAGUUAAUGGGGAAACUGUAACAACAAAAGAGGGACUGCUUUUGUGGUAUUUUGAAUCAGUGAAGACUAUAGACAGAAUCCUGGAAGGUAAAAGUAGGCAUUGAGAUACCCCUUCCAAAUUCUCUGUAUAAACAUUAUUUGUAACUUGCUCAAUAAUGCUUGAGUACC